ACAAAACGACACCUCCUGUGUGCACUGCCCAUAUACGAAUCUGAGGAACUUCUGGAAGCAGGACAGAGAUUUGUAAUCGCCAAAUCGAGCAAGAACUGCUGGCAUGGGAUGCUACAAGCGCUGCCAUCUUGUGGAAUGGGCGCGGGACGUUUCGGACCUCCACGGACUGAAGCAUGUGGCCGGGAGCGGCGGGGUUCUGCGCCGUCUGAUCUGGGCCGUCGUCACCCUGGCUGCGCUGGGCUUCUUCCUGUACCAGACAGCGCUGUCCUUCAUCAGCUUCUUCGAAUGGAACCACGUCACCAAGGUGGACAUCAACUACGCCGAUGAGCUGGAGUUCCCUGCCGUGACCCUUUGCAACUUCAACAAAUACCGGGAGUCUGCUUGGACCGAGCGCGACCUUAAGAAUGUUGGGACUCAUCUGGGUAUCAUCGACGAAGACCACAAUCUCAUCAAUCCACAUCUAUACACGGACGAGUUUAAGCAGAAUUUGGCCGCCGUUAAUUGGACGGCUCUGGAAGUUGAAGAGGACUACGACAUGACUGAGUUUACCAACCGUACGGGGCACCAGUUGGACGAGAUGAUAGUGGAGUGUACGUGGAAAGGUUCGCCUUGCAACUCCCAAGACUUCCACCACGUCUUUUCCCACCUGGGGAACUGCUAUACCUUCAAUCACGUGGAGUUAGACCAGGAUCGUCAUUCGACAAUCUCUGCUGGAGCAGCCAAUGGCCUAAAGUUGACCUUGAAUAUCCAAGAGGAGGAGUACACGCCUAGCAACGACCUUGACGGAGCUGCCGAGGACGCAGGGAUCAAGUGGAUGCUGCAUCAUCCCUCAGAGCCGCCCUACGUCAAGGAGCUGGGCUUCGGAGCAGGUCCGGGCCACCAUACCUUCGUCGCAACCCGGCACGAACAAAUAUCUAGCCUCCCUUUUCCUUACACAAUGUGUGAAGAGGAUGGCAGUCUGAAGUACUUUGACCACUACUCGAUCCAGGCUUGCCGGAUCGAGUGUGAAACGGACUUGGUGGUGGAUCAGUGCGGGUGCAGACUGGUAGAACAGCCUGGGACAGCCCCGGUCUGUAAUCCGGCCGAGUCGCACGAGUGUGCUCACGUUGUGUUAGUUCAAGCUGUUACGGGCGAAACAGAAAGUUCCUGUGAUUGCAAAUCCCCCUGUGAGUUAGAGGUUUACCCGUUCACCACUACCAACGUGAAGCUCCGUGCCAACUUCAUUGAGACAAUAUACAGCAACAGCACAACGCACAACUUCACGGCCGAGUACAUAGAAAACAACCUGGUCUUACUGUCCAUCUAUUUCGAAGCCCUCAACCACGAGGUGAUCGAACAACUUCCCGAGAUGACGGUUUUUACCAUUUUAGCUACACUGGGCGGGAACUUCGGUUUGUUCCUCGGGGGCAGCGUCUUGACCGUCAUGCAACUACUGGAGUAUUUAUUCGAUGAGGUGACGGCGUCUUGUGCUAGUAAGGGCUCGUCAAAUCGUGUGGGCGACUCCCGCGCUAACCUGACGGGCAAAGAGAAGGAUGUCGAAAAUGCCGAAGACGGAAUAUCGAUUAUCGAUAUGGGCAAAGAUAAAUCGAAGGACAGGUAGUUUUCUAGAGGGGAGAAAAAUCAUCAAUCAAAAUCAAAAACAAAAGAAUGCACAUUUUCUGAAAAAGUGUAAAUACCACAGUAUGUCGUUCAGAUAUCUGGCCAGAUUGAUGCGUAAUAUACUUCUUGUUUGAUGCGAAGACCACACACAUCACGGGUCGGAUCGUUUUAACAUAGCACGGUUUCAAAUUAAUGGUUAAGAAAGUUGCUUACUUACUUUCUUAUUACUUGCCAUGUAAUAUAAUAUGCGUGUUGGAAAACCAAUAGAAAAAUACCUUACAUAUUUAUCUUUUGAUAAAUAGAAAGGCCUUUGGUCUCUAUAUUUGAGGAAGGUUUCCGGGCGUUGACCAAUUUCUUUCUCAAAAUGGAGCCCUUUUUGUCGAGGUCACAUAUUGAA